AUGGCUUACAUCCACGGUAACCCAGAGACAAUGACGAAGGCGAAUUUGGAAUACCUUGUUCAUCACAUCUUCUUGCCUACCAAACUUCCAGGCGGUGAUGACAGUUCAGCCGAGAAUGAGACGCUAUUGAUCGGCUUUGUGCUAGACUCAUUGGUCCGUUUUCUGGGAGAAGGUACCUCCGAGGAUGAAACCGCAAUCAAACCUUGCGUGGCGAUGAUCAAAGGCCUGCAAAUAUCGAAAGGCGCCCAAGGAUCCUUAAGCGCAAAUGGCGCACAGGAGGUCUUACGACAGCUCUCUUCCGAAGCCCCCGUUGCAUUGUUUCACGUCGCCGCUCAGAAUGGUGGAGUCCUCGUUCACAAAACGAUUACUUCGGUCAUUUUCGAAAUGUUCGAACUAUCCCCCGCUAACAAGGCCGUCAUGACCACGCAAGGCCGCCUAGUCCGCCAAUUUCCAGCCAAUGCGACGGAGAUACCUUGCCCCGAUUUCGAAGACGAAACAUUUCAGUCAGUCUUCACCAAAACCCUUGAGAAGAUGGGCCAUCAAACCGUCCAGGAGACAAAGCAUAAAGUCAGGAAGGCCAAACAAGAGCACGACGAAGACAGGGAGACGGUAGAUCCGCGGAUCGUCACCGAUCUCCUGCCGAGCAUGCUUCGUGGUGCCGGCAAACAAGUCAGCGUCCCC